CUUGUUUCCAGAUUUAAUGUAUAUUUAAUUUCGGUUGGAAAAGGAAAGGAGGGAGAAAAAGGGGGAGAAGAAAAGGAGUGAUGUAUAGUUGUGUGUGGAAUACUGUUGGUAUAUUCUCUUCUCCUUCUCCACCGAAUAUAUCUCUUUGCCUUCUUCUUUCCAUGUCAAACCUAACCACUUCUCCCACACGAACCACCAGAGAGAAAAGCAGAGAGAGAAGCAGAGAGAAGCAGAGAGCUGAGACGUUUUCAUUUGCCAUGGUUUGGAGGUUUGUCAAUGGCGUCAUAGACUCGUGGGACUAAGGGAGAAGUAACUACUCUUGCGUCUUCUGUAUUCCUCACUUUUUCCUCCCGCCAGAGGAAUUGGCGAGAAAUUGACAGAGAUUUCGGAAACAAGUGAUAAAUAUAUAUCCCAAAGCUUCUCAUGGUUCGAUGGAAAUUCUUAGCUGAUGGACGAUAAUCUGGUUCACUUCGCCUAAGAAAUUAACGAGCUUUCAUCAUGAUGGUCUCAUUCUCACACUGGUGGGAAUAUGCGUGAAUGAUUGUCAAGAGACCGAUCUUGUUUCUCACUUCGUUAUAUCUGUUUGAUCUCUAUCCUGUUUCCUAUAUAUAUAUACUUUGGAUUCUAGCUCCUUUAGGGCAAAUCUCCUUUGGCAUAGUAACACUUAAGCAGCACAAGUGAAGUUUUUUCCCGUUAGGUGGCUUUGAUACAAAGCCAUUUCUCUGUGGAGACUUCAUCUUUCUGCCUUCAAAUUUCUUACCCUUAUCCUAGGGCGUAUCUCCUUUGGCAUUUGAAACUCCAGUUACAUCUUGGGUUCCCCUUUGAAGUUUAAUCCAACUUGGAUACUUCAGUCCAUUCGUUGGGCAAAUCUCCUUUGGCAAUUCAGAGUCAUCAGUUGGCUCACUUUAUCUCUAGUCGAGCAAAUCUCCUUUGGCAUUAUCCGAGUCCGUGUUGGCUCACCUUUAUCAUCAGUUGAGCAAAUCUCCUUUGGCAUUAUCCGAGUCUUACACUUGACUCCUACUAUCUUAGUCGACCAGAUCUCAUCCCGGUCCUCAGUUUCAAGAUUUUCAAGUACACCUUUGCUGUUUGUGCGUAUCAGUUAUCUUACGUCAGAGUACACACACCUAUUUGCUAAGAAAUACUGCAGGGAAGGUACACCGUUUCUGAUCAGAGUUUCUCUUAAGGCAUCUAAACAAUGGAUAUGACCCUUACUGAUUCGGAUUGGGAAAGCUCCAGUGACAGUGGUAGCAGUGAACACGAAGAAGUCGAGUUUUCUUAUGGCGGACGGGCUCGGGACAUUUUCUCAAACCUUGAAGAGACCAUUGGCAAGAUCGAUGAGUUCUUGUCGUUCGAGAGGGGAUUUAUGUACGGUGACAUUGUGCGGUCCACGACUGAACCAUCCGGACAGAGUGGCAGGGUUAUCAAUGUAGACAUGUCUGUCAAUCUCGAGAGUAUUCAUGGGAAGAUUGUGAAGGACGUUGACACCAAGAGGCUUCAAAAGUUGCGUUCUAUCUCGCUCUGUGAUUAUGUGAUCAAUGGGCCUUGGCUUGGAAGAGUUGACAAAAUAGUUGAGCGUGUCUCUGUCACCCUUGACGAUGGGUCCAACUAUGAGGUCCUUGUAAGCGAUCAAGAUAAGCUUGUGGCCAUUCCCCCAAAUUUGCUUGAAGAUUCUCAGUAUUCUUAUUACCCGGGGCAGAGAGUUCAGGUAAAGCUGGCCCAUGCUCCAAGAUCAACUACAUGGUUAUGCGGGAACUGGAGGGAGAACCAAGUUGUGGGAACUGUUUGCGCUGUAGAAGCAGGACUUGUCUACGUCGAUUGGGUUGCCUCCAUCAUCAUGGGGGGUAAUCGGAAUUUAACUGCACCUCAAGCGUUGCAGAAUCCUGAGAAUUUAACUUUGUUACCUUCUGUUUCUCAUGCAAGUUGGCAGCUUGGUGACUGGUGCAUCCUCCCUGGCUCUCCCCACUGUGAUAUAGCAGAACUGCAAACUACAAAUGUGGUUGCAUACAAUCAAGGGUUUAACAGAAAUAUUCAGAGCUCAAUUUCGGAUGAGCUUUUUGCUAUUACGAAGACAAAGAUGAAGGUUGAUGUUAUGUGGCAAGAUGGUAGCUGCAGUGUGGGAGUUGAUUCCCAGCAGUUGCUUCCUGUUGGUGCUGUUAAUGCUCAUGAUUUUUGGCCCGAACAGUUUGUCGUGGAAAAGGAAACCUGCAACACCGAAAGAUGGGGAGUUGUGAAGGCUGUCAAUGCGAAGGAACAAACUGUGAAGGUACAAUGGAGAACACAGGCUGAGAAAGAAGCAACAGGUUGUGUUGGUGAGCAGAUGGAGGAGAUUGUCAGUGCAUAUGAACUGCUUGAGCACCCUGAUUUUGGAUUCUGUUUCAGCGAUGUGGUGUUCAGGUUACCUCCAGAAGGAAAAAUUGAUCCAAAUGCAGACAUAAUCGUUUCCACAGGGACGAAACACCUACAUACAGAGAGUGACUACAGUGGCGCAUACUGUUUGUCUAGUAUUGGCGUUGUUGCAGGUUUCAAAAGUGGUGUCCUGGAGGUGAAAUGGGCCAAUGGUUCUACUAGUAAGGUUGCACCAUAUGAAAUUUGGAGGAUGGAAAGGUCUGAAUUUUCCAACUCUGGCACUAUAAGUUCGGAAGGCAGUGUUCAAGAUCUAAGUCAGAAGAUAGGUCAAUCAGAUGAAUCUUCUUCAAACCUUCAGGAAACGGGUCUGGUGAAGCUCUACAGUGGUGGUGAAAGCUGCAACAAGAACAUUCCGGAAUGUCGUUCAUUUUUCCUUCCGAAAGCUGCAAUUGGAUUUAUCACAAACCUUGCAUCAAGCCUUUUCGGUUCUCAGGGUUCCACGUCGGUUAUAAGUUCACAUGAAUGUUGCAAUGGUUCUGAAGAUCAAAGCGACUCUGAGGAUCUUUUCCAAGAAGCAUCAGAAUCACAUGACAUCUCUGAAUCAACUUUAGGUGAAGUGGGCAUGGCCACGAUGGUCAACUUACCUAUAGAAGGAAAUGGUCUCAACAAGAUAAUAGAUUCAACUCUUCUGGAGAACAACAGGAAACUAGCGAGUUUCAGACAGUUUGAUAUGGUUACUGACUGCUCAGACCAUCAUUUCCUUUCUUCAGGCAAAGAGUUGGCACAAUCUCAGGUCACAAAGAGUUGGGUGAAGAAAGUCCAGCAAGAAUGGAGCAAUUUGGAGGCAGAUCUUCCCAACACAAUAUACGUGCGUGUGUAUGAGGAAAGGAUGGACCUUCUGCGUGCAGCCCUAGUUGGUGCCCCUGGAACACCAUACCACGACGGGCUUUUCUUUUUCGACAUAAUACUUCCACCUCAAUAUCCUCAUGAGCCACCACAUUUUGAGGUGCUUGUGAAGGACCACUUCACGAACCGGGCUGAACAUGUUCUGGCUGCGUGCAAGGCUUACAUGGAAGGCGUCCCUGUAGGAUCAUCAGUGAACCUGCACGAGAGCUCAACCACAAACUCCACCGGUUUCAAGAUCAUGCUGUCUAAACUCUACCCAAAACUUGUCGAAGCAUUCUCAGAUAUUGGAGUUGAUUGCGGUCAAGCGAUUGCACCGGAAUCAUGAAGGCUGGCAAUGUUUCGAUGUCAUAACAACAAUUCCCUAACAUCCAAUCAUCACUGUAUAAUAUUGGUUUGCGAGGUUGGUAAUUCCAUACCCAAUGUAGAAUAUGUUCUUUGUACUUAAAAUGUGUGUGAAUAAAGAAGGCUGUAACAUAGGCUCAUCUUGUAUGUUCCCAAAGGGUUGUUGUUUUGAAGAAUCAUGUACCAUAUUUUGUAAUAAAAAUGAAACACUUGUAUUUGUAUCUUUGUCCUUACCAAUAGUCCAAACAUGAACAAGAACCAUUUUGAAAAUGGUGGAACCGAAGCUUAUCUCGCACUAUGAUCUGCCUGUUGGAUACAACAGAUAUGUACUUGAAUGCAGAAUGACAAUCCUCACAGAUGCGCAGAUUCUUUACAACUGUAAUCGCUACAUCGACAGUUUUCAACAACCCGAAUGCUACAGCGAGCUUCUCGCUGUGGUAUCGAAGUGCGUACUCCUUUUCCUCUUCCUCUACUUGGUGCAUCACCGCUUCAGAAACCGGUGUAUACCCAAUUUCCUUGCAUCGGCUCAUCAAAGUUUCUAGAUACCGAUAGAUUUCUCCAGUCUCUUGAUGAGACUCAUCACCCAUACUGAACAGAUACGUCUUGUUUUCGACUUCAAUUACGCUGUAGCCGACUUGUUUUCUAAGGUUGUUCCUCAUCAUUCCAUCUCUUACGUCUGAGACUUCAUCUGUUUUGCCACUCAAGGCAUAGAUAUUUGAGAGCAUGACAUGAUGACCAGGAUUUUCUGGCUCGAGGGCAAUGAGACGCUUGGCGAUUUCAACACCGAGAUCAUAGUUCCUGUGCAUCUUGCAAGCUCCAAGCAUCGCUGUCCACAACGCUGGAGCAGUUGCUUUCCCUGCAGCAUCGAGUUUAUGAAUGAAUCUAUAAGCUUCAUCCAAAAGCCCAGCCCGUCCAAACAUAUCUACCAUACAAACAUGAUGUUCCACUCUUGGGAUCAAUCCAUAGCUCUUGGUCAUUCUCUUGUAGACCGAACGUCCUUCCUCAACGAGUCCAGCAUGAGCGCAAGCCGAUAAAACAGCCACAAAUGUCACGUCAUUAGGGAGUGGACCAUGAUCGUCCUCCAUUUUAUCAAACAGGUCUACUGCUUGUUUGCCACAUCCAUGAGUACCAUAAGCAGAGAUCAUUGCCGUCCAAGCAGCCACAUUAGUUUCCUUCAUCUUGUCAAAAACUUGCCGAGCUUUUCCAACAUCACCGCAUCUGGAAUACAAGUUGAUCAACGCAGUACCGAGUUUAACAUUCAGGUCAAGACCCUCAAGAACAAUGUACUGAUGCACCCAAGAUCCUAAACUAAUCGCACCGGUUUGUGCACAGGCCGAGAGAAGGCUCACAAACGUCGCUGAAUCUGGUUCGAACCCUGAUUCUCGCAUCUGAUAAAACACCCGAAUUGCUUCCUCCGCUAGCCCAUUUUGCUCCAGACCAGAAACCAACGAAUUCCACGCCACAAUGGACUUCUCAGGCAUUCUAUCGAACACUUGGCGUGCAGCUUUCAUAUCGCCACACUUUGAAUAGAACGUAACAAAAGCAGCCUGAACAUAAGUAUCAAAUCCAAACCCAGAAACCACUGCGUGGCAAUGAACUCCUUUUCCGAUCUUCAAGGCAGAGAGAUCGGCGCAGGACUUGAUAACGGAGGUGAAAGUGUAGUUACUCGAAGAGACGUUAGAUGAUAACAUACGGCGGUAGUAAGCAACGCAAUCCAGAGAAAGACGCAACUUGGAAGUCGAUUUGAUGAUCGAAUUGAAGAGAAAGUCAUCGGGAAGAGGUACGGAGAGGAAGAGAAGGUGAGUGUAGGCGAUGGCUCGAGCGGAACAAGCCAAAGUAACGAGCUUUGUCAAGAGACUCCGGCUACGACCAUAGCCCGUGACGAUGAGGUGAGCAUGAACUUGUUGAAGCUGGUUUAGACGAGGACCUGCUCGAACGAUCGCGUCGUAGGCAGCAGAGUUCGCUGCAGCUUUCGUUUCCAUUGAAAGUUAGCCAUGAGGAAUAAUAAUUCAAAACUCAAAGUCCUAAAACAAGUGUACCGGUUUAUCAAAACGCCAAAACUCAGCGUUUCAUCUCGCAAACGCGCCGCGAUAGGUCAACUCUACUAAUAAUCCACCUGAAAGUCAACUCUUUUUCAUGCGAUGUCUAAUAAGAGCUGGGCAAAUUAUCG